UUGGUUCGGCUGCAGUUGGUGGCGUAGGUGUUGAAAGUUUUGGGCUAAGGCCAUCAAUGUCUGAAGAGUUAUUGGUGGAGUGCCCCGCGUCUACAAUGGCGAGUACAUUGCCGAUUCCGGCACCACAGAGCCCAGCACUGUUAUUGAACCCUUCACCAUCGCCGGCCGUUGCACCAAUAUCAAUCAUUGUGCCAUCGCAAAGCGUUUUACCACUGUUGAGUCCCACAUUAUCGCCGACCACCGCACCGAUAUCAAGCAUUGCAAUAUCGCCGAGCGCUACACAGUUGUUGAGUUCUUUACCGUCGCCGCAUGCAUCAACGUCGUUUGACGUGGAAAUUCCAAAUGAUACCCUGUUGGAUGUCGGCUCAUCGCGUCCAUCACGUGGGGAACGAAAAAAACUUAUGAAUGCCCUCAUUGCUAAUAUAGCAAAAAGAGGUACCAUCGAAGAACAGAGGCAACGUCGCGACGAGGAGCAACGCCAGGAGCACCUUGAAACGAUGCAGGCUAUCAAAGGGCUAACGAGCUGUGUGGCUGAGCUAAUACAGGUUUUGAAACCAAAUUAAAUAAACUUGCCAAACAAGUUUUAACAAGUGCUGAAAUCUACUUAAAGUACCUGCCAAAAUUGUUGAUGUUAAUUUUUAUUUGGCAAUGUUUUAUAAAAAUAUACAGUGACCAAACAAUAUUGUACAGGGAUGUGCCUAAUAUGUUCAUAAUGUUUUGAAUUAGGAAUUUUAUUCGGCAUUUUUUUAUAAAAGUAUGACUCAUCUAACAAAAUCGAAACUUUAAACUUUAUGCAAAAAAUA